AUGGUCCAGCAUCAAGAGGAGUCGUCGGACAGCGAGUCUUUCUAUUUGGACGAUUGGGAAACGCAGUUCCUGGAGACUGAUGCAGCAAAUCUGGAUUCCGAUAGCGAGCUCGAUGGGUAUGACAGUGACGACACAGUUUACAACUAUCAUUACAACUAUAAAGACUUUGCGUCCAGUCAACCCCUGAGAGCUCCUAUCACCAUCAAUGGUCAGCUUAUCCCGGCAAUCUUUGACUUGGGUGCCAGUGUGUCCAUCAUCAGCAAGGCUUUGGCUCUUUGUCUCGGUUUGGUCCCUGUUGUAAAUGAGUAUUGA